UGACAUACCAGAGCCACAGAGCCACGGGUGGCUGGGCAUCGCAGAGAUGUACUUCACCUGGGCUCCAGGAAGGCAGCAGCCUCGGCGCCUGGAGGCAGGAACUGGGCUUAAGCUCUUGAAGGCGGCCAGCGGGGAACGCCACUCGCUGCUACUGUUCAGCAACCACAGGGUGUACUCCUGCGGGGACAACAGCAGGGGCCAGCUGGGUCAGAAGAGUCCGCAGAGCACCAAACGGCCAGAACCAGUUCAGGCACUGAGUACUGUACACAUUGACCUGGUGAGCUGUGGGAAGGAGCACUCCGUGGCUGUCUGCCACCAAGGAAGGGUCUUCGCAUGGGGAGCCGGUUCUGAAGGGCAGCUGGGGAUUGGAGAAUUUAAGGAAAUAAGCUUCAUGCCUACGAAAAUAAACGCUCUGGCUGGCAUAAAAAUAAUCCAAGUUUCCUGUGGACACUACCACUCUUUGGCAUUAUCAGAAGAUGGCCAAGUGUUUUCAUGGGGAAGUAACAGACAAGGACAACUGGGCCUGGGGAAUAAUUUAUGUUUCCAAGCCAGCCCACAGAAGGUGAAGUCCCUGGAGGGGAUCCCCCUGGCUCAAGUGGCUGCAGGUGGCACACACAGUUUUGCUCUGUCUCUCAUGGGGACUUCAUUUGGCUGGGGGAACAACAGAUCUGGGCAGCUGGCCCUCAGUGGGAACAGUGCUAAAGAGCAAAUCUACAAGCCUCAUUCAAUUGGUGCCCUGAAGACUCUCAAUGUGGUUUAUAUUAGCUGUGGUUAUGAGCACACUGCAGUGCUUACCGAGGAUGGACAAGUGUUUACAUUUGGAGGCAGUAGCUCUGAACAGCACAGCCCCAGGAGUGGGAGAGGAGGUCCACAACUCAUAGAAGGGAUUGGCGGCCCUGUUUCACAGAUAGAGUGUGGAAGUUAUCACACCAUUGCAUAUGUCUACACCACUGGUCAGGUGGUAUCUUUAGGCCGUGGACCAAGUUGCACAAGCAACGCAACUCAUCAGGAGGCUGCUUGCUCUGACGUUACCUGCUUGCUAUCUGCCAAGGACCUUGUGGAUAUUGAAGUCAAAGACAUUUUUGCUGGAGCACACGCCAACUUUGUGACAACCUGCCGGCAUACUAGGUCCACAAGUGUUUCCAUGAAAAUCCUGCCAGAAAUUAUCCGAAUCACCCAGCCACUGGCAAAGAAAUGGAGAGCAGCAAAGAAAGGAAAAGUUCGUGAAGACGCCAAAAGAAAAAUCAGCUUGAUAUUUUCAUCUCCUGCUUGUUUGACUGCAAGUUUUUUGAAGAAAAGAGAUGCUGGAGAGAAUAAUUUCAUUAACGUGGACUUAAAACUGGCAAGGGAUGUCUUCAAGAUGUUAACAGCAGAGAAAUGGAUUUCCUCCUUGAUAACCACUUGUCUUGAGGAGACUCUGCUUAGAGGUCUUCCAUACAGCUCUCCACAUCAAGAAGCUCUAUUAGUUUUUCUUUUGCUCCCGGAAUGUUCCAUUAUGCAGGAUCCCAAGAACUGGAAGACCCUGGCAUUUGAAUUUGCAAGCGCUAUUCAUAAAAUGAGGUCAAAGUCAUUAACAUUCCUGAGAAACUGGUGGGCAUCUUUGGAAGUUUCUUCUCUGAACUCACUGGUCCAGAUGCUAAAGAAAACCAUCGUCUCUCAACUGCAUAAUGAAGUUCCAAUGAUGAAGGAUAUGUCUAACCAUGAAGUUUCUUUAGAAGUGAUAAAAGAAGUGCAUAAGAUACUAGAGAAAACCAACUCUCAUCUUCAUAAUGAAGUUCCAAUGAUGGAGGAUACGUCUAAUCUUAAAGUUCUCUUAGAAGUGAUGAAAGAAGUGCAUGAGGCUAACUGUCAACUUCCAGAAAAUGCUUUCAUCAUAAAUGACAUCUUUAACUUCAAUACAGAAGAAGGAAUAAUGGCCAAACAGCAAAUGUUCUUUAAAAAAUACUAUUCUAUGGUCUUCAAUGAUUUUCCAUUUAUCCUUGAUUUGCCAUCCAAAAUUAUAUUAAUGAAACAUGACUCAUCUGUAAAGCUGUCGCAUGAAGUCGCUGCAUCUCCAGAAAAGAUGGGAUGCCCAUUCUUUAUACUGAAAGUCAGACGAAGUCAUCUGGUGGAAGACACCUUGCGUCAAUUAAGACAAGCUGAAGACUUUGACCUUAGGAAGCCACUAUCGGUCGGAUUUAUUAAUGAAAUUCGUCCUGAGGGUUGGGGAGUGAGUUCUGAGUUCUUCCACUGUAUAUUUGAAGAGAUGACAGACCCCAAAUAUGAAAUGUUCAUGUAUCCUGAAAAUGGUUCCAACAUGUGGUUUCCAGCCAAUCCCAAGUUUGAGAAAAGCAGAUAUUUCCUCUUUGGGAUCUUAUGUGGACUCUCCCUAAUCAAUUCAAAGGUUAUCAACCUUUCUUUCCCACUGGCUUUAUAUAAAAAACUUUUGGAGCAAAAUCCAUCUUUGGAAGAUUUAAAAGACCUUAGUCUUCUCUUGGGAAGGAAUUUGCAAGAAGUUCUAAAUUGUGAGGCUGGUGAUAUUGAAGAACUUCACAUGUAUUUUUCUAUAUACUGGGAUCAAAGAGAUGUUGAUUUAACUCCAGAUAGGAUCUCUGUGCCUGUGAAUGAAACCAACAAGAGAGACUAUGUGUCCAAGUGUGUUGAUUACAUUUUUAACAUUUCUAUAAAGACGAUUUAUGACGAAUUUCAUAGAGGAUUUUACAAGGUGUGUAACCGGGACAGUAUUAGGCAUUUCCAGCCUGAAGAACUAAUGGCAGCAAUAAUUGGAAACCCUACUUGUGACUGGAAACAAUUUGAAAAUAAUUCAAAGUAUGAAAAUGGAUAUUCCAAAUCACACCCAACUAUUCUACUGUUUUGGAAGGCUUUCCAUGAACUAACUUUGGAUGAAAAGAAAAAAUUCCUCUUGUUUCUUACAGGAUGUGAUAGGCUACAUGUGAAAGGCCUACAGAAUGAAGGAAUAAGAUUCCGGUGUCCUGAAGUCUUCAGUGAAAAAGAUAACCCAAGAUCAUUGACAUGUCACAGUAUUCUAGACCUGCCUAAGUAUUCCACAAUGAGGAGGAUGAAGGAAGCGCUUCAGGUUGCAAUCAACAAUAACAAGGGGUUUAUCUCGCCGGAAUGAUGCAGAAGCAUUCACCUCCCAGCAGUCCACAGCCUCAGGGAUUAGGUCUUUCACUUUGGGGUUCUUCUGUCUUUCCUUAAUCUAAUUAGGGACAAGAGAUUAAAGGAUUUUACUUUAGUUUUUGAGAUAAAUAAGUUAUAAAAUAAUAUUUUAGUGAAAGAAUUCUAUAAAACAUUUGCCACAUUCCUAACAUUGCUCUUUUAGAAUGUUUGUUUUGGCUGCAAUAUUUUCUGAACAAACUAUGUUCCUUUAAUAAUAUACUAAAUAUUAAAAAUGUUCAAGACUAGGGGCUAAAGAGAGAACUUAGUGGUUAAGAUCACUGGCUGCUCUUCCAGAGGCCAGGGCUCAAUUACCAGCACCCACAUGGCUGCUUACAUCCUGUCUGUAAUUCCAGUCUUAGGGGAUCCAACACUCUCCUCUGGCCUCCAAAACACACCAUGGAUAUGGUGCAUAGAUAUACAUGCUAAUAACACCUAAAAUAAAAUAAAAUAAAUAAAAUAAAAAUAAGAUAGUAUUUAUUUAUUUAAAGUGUUAUUGUACCAACAAUAAACUAUUAGUUUGAAAGUAUUAAGAAACCAAGUUUGGAAAAAAUAAGCAAAAUAUGUACUGCUUUCAACAGUUUUUGAAGCAUAUAGAUGUAUAUUUUGCAUUAAGGAAUAUAUUUAGAGUUGUGAUUUUAGUAAAUGCUAAAUGAUUUAUUUUCAACUUCUAAGUGUUUAUAUUUAUUACUAUUUAAAGAUACUUAAUAGUGCUCCAAAAUACAUUCUAAAUAUAGAUCCUGUUAUUACACCUACUUCUGUUUGGUAAAAUGUGAAGAAGUUGAAAUAUGUCUUAUUAUGAUGCUAUAGAGUAGAUUAACAAAGCAACAUAACUGCUAUGGGAAAAGACCAAUACAUCUUGUAUACUAGUUCUACUUAAUGUUAAAACUUAAAUUGCAUUAUACAGUUUUGAAAUGAUUUCAUAAACUCAUAUAAUUUGUUGUAAGAAUGACAUAUAUGCUGCUGUGACAACCCCUCUUCAUUAAAGCUCCAUUUCUAUAAGGCUGUUUUAUCUUUAUAGACUUAUCAGACUUCAUGUGUUUACUGGAUUCCAAAGUGACCAAAUAAACUUAUUAAAAAUAGAUCAUUUAAAGAUAA